AUGCCAGCUUCAACAUCUUCUCGACCAGGCAAUGCUAAUGCAGGUCCACCAUCUCUUGUCUCUUUGGCUCUAUCGCAAGCCUUGACAGUUGACAAUGCAAGAACUCUAAUCUUUUACGUCGUGCUUUACAAGUACACUCUCAGAUUAUGGAGACAUAUUCGUUCUUUUGGCGUGACUGCAAGUAUUCAUCAGGUCUACGUGGAAAUCUCAAGACGUUUAUUCUUGCUUUUGAUGAAGAUUCCUGCCAUCAAUAGAAAGGUGACACGGGAACUAGACGCUGCCACAAAGGAGCUCGAAGAUAAGAUCGCACCUCGAAUCACGACUCUAUCCAGCAACCCCACCUUACCCGAAUACGGUCGUGAUCGGGAUUGGUUGAUGACUGCAUUGGAAGAUGCUCUACAAAAAGACGGCCAGAUGAUCUGGAAGGGCGGUAAGAUUAGUGGUGCAGUAUACCACGGAGGUCAAGAGAUGAGUGACUUAUUGGGUGAUACAAUCAAGAUGUUCAUGGUUUCCAACCCUUUGCAUCCAGACGUAUUCCCUGGUGUUCGUCGUAUGGAAGCAGAAGUGGUUUCAAUGGUUUUGCGCUUGUACAAUGCACCUGAAACUGGAGCAGGCACAAUGACAUCGGGAGGUACGGAAUCCAUCUUGAUGGCAUGCAAAGCAGCUCGUGAAUGGGGUUACAGAACAAAGGGAAUCACACGUCCAGAAAUCGUUCUCUCACGAUCCGCUCAUGCUGCUUUCCACAAAGCAGGAGAAUACUUCAAGAUCAAAAUCAUCGAAGUUGAUGUCGAUCGAAUCACACGAAAGGUUCGAAUUGCAAGUAUGCGGAGAGCAAUUAACAGUAAUACAGUUAUGGUGGUAGGAAGUGCACCUUCGUUCGGUGAAGGAAUUAUUGAUGACAUUGAUUCGAUUGCACUGUUGGCCAAACGAUCAAAGAUUUUGUGCCACGUUGAUUGUUGUUUAGGAUCAUUCUUGAUGCCAUUCUUGGAAAAAGCAGGCUUGCCAAGUGCUCCAUUUGACUUCCGUAUCGAUGGCGUUACAAGCAUCAGUUGCGAUACACACAAAUACGGUUUCGCACCAAAAGGAUCUUCAAUCGUCAUGUAUCGAACUGGAGAAUUGCGCCGUCAUCAAUAUUACGUGCAACCAGGAUGGACUGGAGGUGUUUAUGCUUCCCCAUCUAUCGCAGGCUCACGACCGGGCGCAUUGGUUGCAGGAACAUGGGCAGCUUUGAUGUCUAUGGGUGAUGAUGGAUAUACAGAAUCAUGCAAAGAGAUCGUAGGAGCAGCACGAAAGAUUGAAAAAGGUAUUCGCGAUGAAAUUCAUCAAUUACGCAUAAUGGGUAGACCUAUGGUAAGCGUUGUCUCAUUUUGCAGUGCUGGCUCGGUAAACAUCUAUGAAGUUGGUGACAAGAUGAGCGCAAAAGGUUGGCAUUUGAGCGGAUUGGCAACCGAACCACCCGCAAUUCAUAUCGCAUGCACAAAAUUGACCGUUCCCGUUGUGGACGAAUUCCUUAAAGAUCUCAAAGCUGCUGUUAAAGAGGCAAAGACACGUGGACCUCCAGGCUCAAUGGUACAAUUAUACGGUUUGGGAUCAAGUUCAGCCGGACCAGCUCUUGUUGGAGAGAUUGCUUCGAGAUUCUUAGAUACGCUUUAUCUUGUUCGUUAGUGUUUCUUUUAAUUUUCAAUUGCCAGACACUUUUUUUCUAAAAAUGACAUUGACUGAGAUAGUAUACAUUGAAUUUUUCUUAUUUUUCCUACUACAUUAACGAUAAGACGGUGAUCCUGUUGCUGUUGUCAUUGCUUGUUGCGAAGGGGGACGUACGCUUGAGCCAUUUGAUGCUAAAGGAGAUGGUCUGCCAAAAGGCAUAUGGCCGCUCGAAACAGGCGGAUAGCCUGAUCUGGAUUGAUGUGGAUGGAAUUGUGGCAUUCCUUGACGUGGCGCUUGGAAUGGUGGUCGUCCCGAGACUGCGUUUUGGUGAGGUCCUGGGAUCGGUGGUCGAGCUCCAACGGGCGGGGUAGGUGGCGGUGGUCGAGCAGCCGGAGCAGGCGGGACGGGUGGCUUACGAUCGUGUGGAUGAUCUUCAAGUACAUACCCUCUAGAAGAUGCAAAUCGAUCCAAUAAUCCAUUACCUCG